CAUUAUUCCAUUCUGAGGAGCUUCUUUCCUCACAAAUGGCUCAGACCAUUAGAGCACACUUCAUCAGUACUUCAAUCUAUCUUCAGCCCAACUUUAAGACAGCCAAAACCGUCAUAAGAGAAAAUCGAAGCAUUAAAAUCCAAACCAAACCUAUCUAUCACUUCAACCUUCUAACCAAUUUUGUUGAUUCUCAUUCAAUUUCUGAUUCUUAUCCUGUUAAGGGUUCCUCUAUGAUCAGGAGUUCUCUGAUUGAUCCAGAUGGUGGACCUCUUGUUGAUCUCGUGGUGCCGGAGAGUGAAAGAGCGUUGAAGAGAGCCGAGGCCGAAUCGAUGCCCAAGGUCAAGCUUACCAAGAUUGAUAUUGAGUGGGUUCAUGUACUUAGUGAGGGGUGGGCGAAUCCCUUGAGAGGGUUCAUGAGGGAAGAUGAGUACUUGCUGAGUUUACAUUUUAAUUGUCUUCGGUUGAGUGAUGGUAGUGUAGUUAAUAUGUCACUUCCGAUUGUUUUGGCCAUUGAAGACGAGGAUAAGAAGGCAAUCGGAGCGUCUCCUAAUGUGGGGCUGGUUGGGCCAAAUGGAGAUUUGGUUGGCAUCCUUCGGAGUGUUCAAAUUUAUAUGCACAACAAAGAAGAAAGAAUUGCUAGAACAUGGGGAACAACAGCACUGGGAUUACCUUAUGUUGAGGAGGUAAUUAGGUUGGCUGGAAAUUGGCUCAUUGGUGGGGAUCUGGAAGUGUUAGAACCUGUCAAGUAUAAUGACGGUCUUGAUCACUACAGGCUUUCUCCCAGAGAACUGCGGAAAGAAUUUGACAUGCGUCAAGCUGAUGCCGUAUUUGCUUUUCAGCUGAGGAACCCUGUGCACAAUGGCCAUGCAUUAUUAAUGAAUGAUACACGUAAGCAACUGCUGGAAAUGGGUUAUAAAAACCCUAUUCUGUUGCUUCAUCCUUUGGGUGGUUUUACAAAGGCAGAUGAUGUACCAUUGGAUGUUCGGAUGGAACAGCAUAGCAAGGUUCUAGAAGAUGGAGUUCUUGACCCUGAGACAACUGUCGUGGCCAUAUUCCCAUCACCAAUGCAUUAUGCAGGUCCAACUGAAGUGCAGUGGCAUGCAAAGGCACGGAUUAAUGCAGGAGCUAAUUUCUAUAUUGUAGGUCGUGAUCCUGCUGGUAUGAGUCACCCGACAGAGAAGAGAGACUUAUACGAUCCUGAUCAUGGGAAAAAGGUUUUAAGCAUGGCUCCUGGCUUGGAGAAGCUAAACAUUCUGCCAUUCAGGGUUGCAGCAUACGACACAGUGGCAAAGAAGAUGGCAUUUUUUGAUCCUUCACAGGCUAAAGAUUUUCUAUUCAUUUCUGGCACCAAGAUGCGGACUUAUGCAAGAAAUGGCAAGAACCCUCCUGAUGGUUUUAUGUGCCCUGGGGGGUGGAAGGUCCUAGUCAAUUAUUAUGAGAGUUUGCAAGCUGAAGAGGCUAGUCAACCACCAGCAGUUUUGUCUGCUUAGGAAUAAUUUCAAAAAGAAGUUUCCAGAAACAGGGUGGGAGAACUGAUUGGAAUAUCAUGGAGCAAGGUACUCUAUGGACGACUGGAAGCACAAUUCUAAUUAAUUUCUGUCAGAUAACCAUAAAAGUUGAGCAUGUGCAACUUUACGAGCCUGCUUCUCUUCUUUGCUUAUUGAAAAUCAGGGUGUCGAGCAUUGUUUUUUUCAUAAAUAAGCAUUAUAUGAUUCUUUUGCUUAUUUGCUGUAGAGAGAAUCCAUAAACACUAAAGAAAUCAUUUGUGGUGUAAAUAAUUGAUACCCAGAAUCAUA